AUGUCUAGCGGGUGGGUUGAUCUAGCCAGCUCUCCCAUUUUUCUUACUCUACACUGUCGCCUCCCCCUUCUUUGAAUGUCUAGUUUUCCCCCAUCUCUUUCCCUGAGACUGCAAGUCUAAAGAGGCUAUGACCACCACAAACACUUCUACACCAUCCGCAGCCAUUAGUGGAGUUACUGAAGAGGAUUCAACUGCUUGUCUGAGCUGCAGCUGAUUCACCAUGUGGCUUUUCGUUUUGUUUCCCCAUUAGGAGGCAGGAGGAAGGUCGGGUCUGUAGUGUCAUCUAUUUUGUUUUCAAACAGAUUGCUUAUUUAAGUCAACUAGGUAGACAAAGGUGAAAGUCCUGUGCUCAUGUGUCACAAGACAUUACAUCUAGGCCCUACUCGAUCAGAAUAAUGAAGGGUAAGGUUCCUUCUCACUCGUGGGGAAGCCAAGGAAGGAACCAUACAUGUCCUGUUAUAGGCCUGGCCCUGGAUACAACUGAACUGUACAUGUCCUGUUAUAGGCCCUGGAUACAACUGAACUGUACAUGUCCUGUUAUAGGCCCUGGAUACAACUGAACUGUACAUGUCCUGUUAUAGGCCCUGGAUACAACUGAACUGUACAUGUCCUGUUAUAGGCCCUGGAUACAACUGAACUGUACAUGUCCUGUUAUAGGCCCGGGAUACAACUGAACUGUACAUGUCCUGUUAUAGGCCCUGGAUACAACUAAACUGUACAUGUCCUGUUAUAGGCCCUGGAUACAACUGAACUGUACAUGUCCUGUUAUAGGCCCUGGAUACAACUGCUAUCUUAGUGAUGUGCCACUGCCCUCUUUGUGUGAGACGUCCAAGAUUAGGUUAAAUCUUGCUGGUCUGCCGGCCGGUAGCACUUCUUCUUCCCCAGCAGGGCCCUACCCAGGCACACCAGGCUCUAUGUUCACAGCUGGGCGAUGAAUGGGGGUUAAUCAUCAUGUUGGAGUAAUAUAAUCAUAUGGAUGACCUUAUGUCAUGAUGAGCUGUAGAGAUGACUGUCUGUCACUGCAGCAUUUAUAUACUUUUUCCAUGGACUAGGUCCAUUUGAGUUAAGGUGCUAAUUGUCUAUGCCUUGCCAAGCUGACUGUAAGGUAGGAACUCCAUCAACCAGACACGUUUGUAUUGAAGAGCUCCCUGACCUGAGAAGUUCACGACCCACUGUUUUAUCAGUCAUCAGAUGGGGAGCUUUAUGGUUCUUCAGUUACCUCAGUUGCUGUUCUGAGGAGUUGCUGCCAGGUGUUUAAUGAAGUCUCAAUGCUUGUGUGACGCCCAAUGCCUGUGGCUAAGCUGGCCAUGGAUCAUUUUGUUUCUUAUGUACAUCAUUCUGGGAUCUUUUUUGCGAUCUUGCUGUAUGGGAAUGAGCUGUUCCAUCUGACUGAAUAGGCUCUGUCCAUCCUUUUGUUGAAGACCAAAGGUAGUCAGACAUUUGACAUCACACCAUUGCUGUGAUUGUGUGUAGUGUAGCACACUAGCCCUAUAGCUUAAUGUGGCUUGGAGUUUUUUUCUAGAGUCCAAAACUCCCUAAACAUGGAUGAAGUUGUAAAACAAAACCCUUUUAAACCCGUCAUUAGAUCGGCUAUUAAUCGGUUUAACUAAAUUAUAACCGUUUAGGCUACAAGUGGCACAGGAUAGGAUAUUUUGUUUGUGAUUAGCUGAAAACCUUGGCCACUGUUGGCUAAGCCAGUUUGAGGCUACUACUUGCAGGGUUGCUUAUUGUGAUGGUUUGGCAUAUAGCUGGGUUAUAGCCUAUAACCUCCAGUUAACAUGCUUUGCACCAGAUAUUACCGUAAUUUUCGGACUAUAAGCCGCGCCUUUUUUCCAAUUUUUCGACCCUGCGGCUUAUAUAACGGUGCGGCUAAUCUAUGGAUUUUUACAGCUAACGGCCACUAGAAGACCUCCUAAAUAUAUGGAUUUUACAGGUUACAGUCCACCAACUUUAACUCUAUGGGCUCUAUGACCGGUCCGCGCCCCCCACCUUUAAGCGGCGGGCUCCAGCAGGAAAAGCUGGAGGCCGGAAAAGAGUGAGACAGGUAGCGCGCAAAAGUAAAAGUGGAACCGAGAGUGGUACGAGAGACAGAACGAGAGACAGAACGAGAGCAAGACAGACAGACAUUACGAGAGCGAGACAGUUUGUGCAAAGGAAGUUUUCAUGCACAAACCCUCAUUAUGGAAAACAAAUGUAGAAAUGCAUAUGAUGCAGCUUUUAAGUUAAAGGCAGUCAAUCUGGCUGUAAAAGAAGGAAAUAGAGCUGCUGCACGUAGCCUUGGCAUCAAUGAGUCAAUGGUGAGACGUUGGAGACGCCAGCGGGAAGAACUGUCUCAGUCUCAAUGCAAAAAGUCAAAAAAAGCUAGAUGGCCCGAACUUGAAGACUUUUUUGAAGAUUGGAGAGCAGACGGCCGAGGUGUUUCCACCGUGCAGAUCCGACUGAAAGCUGAAACAGUCGCCACCGAAACGAAAAUUGAAAAUUUUAGAGGUGGACCAUCCUGGUGUUUCAGAUUUGAGACGAAAGGGACUGUCCAUCAGAACCCUUACAUAUGGUAAUCAAACAUAAUUAAACAUUAAAACACCUGCGGCUUAUAGUCCAGUGCGGCUUAUAUAUGUACACAUCAUUCAAUUUAGCUGCUGCGGCUUAUACUCCGGUGCGCCUUAUAGUGUGGAAAAUACGGUAGUUCUACUGUAAGCUAGCUACAUAAUGCUAGUAGUGACCUGGUUAGAGUAUUGUAGAGAAUUUCCCCAAGUUGUGGUCUUAACAUAGACUUCAAGACCUUUCUAUUAAUGCUUCUCUUCUCUCUCUCUAGGAUGGCUUGGACGCGUUGGUGUACGACCUUGACUUUCCAGCCCUGAGAAAAAACAAAAGCAUCGACAACUUCUUGAAUAGAUGUAAGUAGCUGGCCCAUACAAGGCUCUUCUCCCCAUAUGUCCUCCUUCCUUUGUGCAGAAUCCCUCUGUCACUUCCAUCAAAUUUGUAGAACACACACGCAGGCAGACGAUAGAGUGGAGGCUGUUUUUGGGUCACCGCCUCGCCUCUAUACAGGCCAGGGCACAAUUGUGUCUGCAGCUCAGCCCAUUCGGUGUCCCCAACAAAGGGGCUUUAAUUAGUGGCUGGUGACCCACAUGGUGUCUAUCAUGACUGGUUCACCACUAAACCCCUUCAGAAUGGGGGACCACCAUGUCUAUAUGACUGUGGAACUUAUAUAGAGUCUAUGGCAUUUUAACAAAAGGACUGUCUGCAACUUUGGCGUGUCAUUAGUUUAUGAAUAUGGUUAUAUAUUUUAAAUGUAUGUGGCUACAAUGGCAGUAAAGCAUCUACCAUAGAUGACGACAAUUCUUCACAAACUGUUCCCCGUAUUAGAAACAAACUGUCAAUACAAGCUACUGUAAAGCCUUUGGGCUAAAUCUGUCACAGGCUAUUUGUUCAAUUAGUCUUGCUGGGUACUUCUUUCAGUGUUGGAGAGGCCUUGAAGGACAUUAUGGUAAUAGUUAGCUGUUUUGAGAGAGGAGCUGGUUGCCAAUGGCAUCCCCUCAGGGGGUCUGUACUCUUUGUACUGCUAGUGCUCUCCUCCUUGCGGACUACUAACCCAUGACAUAUAGUCUAAUCAUAUUCUGUAUGAGACCAGUAGCCUAUAGGCCUAGGCUACACUCAGUCACAUUAGCCGACAGCUCUGCGGACAGCACAAACACCUGAUUUUAUUUUCUCCCCCCAUAUUUUAGUCCAAGCAUCUCUGAAUAAAAUCGUGUUUAAAAUGCUUCUAAAAAUGUAUGUUUAUCGCACUGUUUUUUAAUACCACUUCUCAAGUAGGGGGUUCAUGUACUUUACUUUCUGAAACCCUGAAGCUGUAACUGCUGGAAACGACUCUGCAUUCAAAAUGGUCUCAUUUUAAUAGUUCUAGUCCUUGGCUUUAUUUUUAGAUCAAUUGACCUCUGAUGCACUGCACUCAGCCCCCCUUUUUUUCCAUGCAUUCUUGUGCCAGUUGUGACCCAUGCAAAUAGAAAAACGAUCCCUCCUGUUCAGCUAUGACCAAAUUUGGCUGAAUACUAUCUUCCCUAGGGUAGCGGAAGCCAGAGUUGUUACAUCAGUUAGGCUCUCAGUACUGUAACACACUCUGUAAAGCAGUCAGUGGAGAAACGCUAUCAGCUGAAAGACAGAGGUUUCUUUAACUGCUUUGUCUGCCAGAAAACACACAACCUUGGAUGGUAUGAAUGAUAUCUCUGGAGACCGUAUGCAACCCAAAUGUAGAGAGCAUGUCAAGGAUCACUCGUCAAGGUUAACUGGUGUGUAUGCAACAUCCAAGUUCAAUGGUACUGAUACUUCAGAUAUCCAGUGACGUUAUUAUUACAGAUUUUCAUCUGCUGUUUUAUUUUUAUCUUUUUUUAGAAAUCUCUGCCUGAGUCGGUGGACAAAGUCCCUUUAGUUAUUUACUGAUCUACCCAGGUUACCAGCUUACCCUGUUCUAACAAGUUUCCUCUUAAUGUCAUCUCUCCACCUCUCUUCUUUAGAUAAGGACACCAUCAGUAAGAUCCGGGACCUGCGGAUGAAAGCGGAGGACUAUGAGGUGGUCAAGGUUAUUGGGAGGGGGGCGUUUGGAGAAGUGCAGUUGGUGAGGAUUGCUAUUAUGGUUAUGCUAAUUUGUCCUGAGUGAAUCACAUCAAGUUUUAUGUGUCUGCCCUUUAUACAUCUAGUGCAGACAGAUAUAGGAGUAUAACAUUAUUAUUAUUAUUAUUAUUAUUAUUAUUAUUAUUAUUAUAUGGCUAUAGGUUUGGCUUGAUGCAAGCCAUAUGCCCUAACUAGAUUCUCUCCUCUCCCAUCUCUCCCAGGUAAGACACAAAGCCACGAUGAAGGUAUACGCCAUGAAGCUGCUUAGCAAGUUUGAGAUGAUCAAGAGGUCGGACUCUGCUUUCUUCUGGGAGGAGAGGGACAUCAUGGCCUUUGCCAACAGCGCCUUGGUGGUGCAGGUAUGGAUAAUUGAAUAGUGCAUAGUUCUUUAUAGAGACUCCCUAGUCUCGUCCUCACUUUGCCUACUAGGAACAAUAUGUUAGGAAGCACAGUGAUUGAGAUUCAGGCAAUUGUAACAGAAUAUUCAUGCUAUUUCCAUUUCUUGCUUCUUUCCCCUCCAUUCCUCCUAAUGAUGUUUGGUCACUAACCCUAAUCUCUCCCCCCCCAGCUGUUUUAUGCGUUCCAGGACAACCGCUACCUCUACAUGGUGAUGGAGUACAUGCCCGGUGGAGACCUGGUCAACUUGAUGAGCAACUAUGACGUCCCUGAGAAGUGGGCCCGCUUCUACACCGCCGAGGUGGUUCUGGCUCUGGAUGGGAUCCACGCCAUGGGAUUCAUACACAGGUACUACUGUUGCUGUUACUGGUACUGGACCUCUUCUACUCUAAAGGUCUCUUGAGUGUCUCUAUGUCUACCUCUUUUCUGUAGUGGCAGUUUUCGCCACCCUUCUAAAGCCUCCCUGAAUUUGAGAAACUUUCUCUUGACAGGGACUUAAAUCACCAGUUGAAUGUACUGUUGUUGGUUUGAGAAUGCUUUGCUUGUAUGAUAUCAGGUUUUAGGUUAGAGAACUGCUGGUUUGUUAUAUUACUUUAUACCAUGGCAUUGUUGAAUACUUGUUUCUGAUUGGCUUGAAGGGCAUUCUAGAGCGUGCAUUAUUUCCCUAUAACGCAUGGUAUAUUUGCAUGGUAGAAUUCAAUGGCUAUAGUUCAUUCUUACAUGUUAUGUGAUUGAGCUGCUGUUGAAAGCAAAAUCCAAUUGAAAACAUUGGCGUUGCUGAAUUCAAAUUUCAUAAUAGCAAGCUAGGACUGCUGGUUUGGUUAGCUAAAGUAGCAAGUCUGUUUGUUUGCUUAAACAAGGCAACUACUGUUACUAUCUAGUAAACUUGCUAGCUACUUUCGUGGAUGUUGAACACAUUUGUAGCGGUAAAUGUGUUUAAUUAUAGCCAUGGUAUAAAAGGGAUAAUCAACUCAGGGUUUUAUGUGUUCUCUGGAAACGUAAUGCAACUCAGUUGAAGGUCAGUUUCACUCCGCUAGCACAUCAUGGAAGACACCUUCCAUGUCGUUCAUUAUUUUCCAGAGAACGCAUAGCCGCUUGUUGAUUAUCCCUUAAGUGUCUUUUUGUGUCUUUUCAGGGACGUGAAGCCUGAUAACAUGUUGCUAGACAAAGCAGGCCACUUGAAGUUGGCAGACUUUGGGACCUGUAUGAAAAUGAACAAGGUAGCUAUCGCACUAGCCUUCCAACGCACCAUGACUGAUAAUGAGGAGUUAGUUGACACUAUCACCCUGUAGAGUAGACUGUUGUCCAAGGGUUUCAACUGUUUGCUGCUUCCAAAUGCUCUAUUUAAUUAAGCUUAGUGAUGGUUUAUCAAUAUUUAGACCCGUUUUUAACACAUUUACUUAGUAUUCUUCCUUUUCCUUCAGAAAGUAUUCAUAACCCUUUACUUAUUCCACAUUUUGUUGUUACAGUCUGAAUUCAAAAUGGAUUAAAUAUAUUUUUUCUCACCCAUCUACACACAAUAACCCAUAAUGACAGUGAAAAAAUGACAGUGAAAACAUGUUUUUUGAAAUGUUUGCAAAUUUAUUGAAAAUGAAAUGCAUCUAUCUAAUUUACAUAAGUAUUCACAGUCCCUUGUUAUGACACUCCAAAUUGAGAUCUGGUGUAUCCAAUUUCCUUUGAUCAUUCUUGAUGUCACUGCAAAUUGAUUGGAGUCCACCUGUUGCCAAUUGUUUGGACAUGAUUUAGAUAGAAACACACCUGUCUAUAUAAGGUCCCACAGUUGACAGUGCAUGUCAGAGCAAAAACUAUACCAUGAAGUCCAAGGAACUGUCCGUAGAUCUCCGAGAUUGCCUCAUCAGAUUUCUUAUAUCUGAGGAAGAGUAUAAAACCAUUUCUAGAGUGUUGAAAGUUUCCAAGAGCACAGUGGUCUCCAUCAUUGGGAAAUUGAAAAAAUAUGGAACUACCCAGACUCUGCUUAGAGCUGGCCGUCCGACCAAACUGAACAACCAGGCAAGAACGACCUUGGUCAGGGAGGUGACCAAGAACCCAAUGACCACUCUGACAGAACUGCGGAGUUCCUUGGCUGAGAUGGGAGAACCUGCCAGAAGAACAACAGUCUUUAUAGCAUUUCACCAAUCUGGGCUUUAUGGGAGAGUGGCCAGACGGAAGCCGCUCCUGAGAAAAAGGCACAUGACAGCAAGCCUGGAGUUUGCAAAAAGGCACGUCGCGUAAAACGCACUGAGAUCAUAAGGCAAACCAUUCUCUGGUCUGAUGAUACAAAAAAUAACUAUUUGGCCUGAAUGCAAACCGCUAUGUCUGGAGAAAACCAUGCUAACACCAUCCCUGCCGUGAAGCAUGGUGGUGGCAGCCACUGGUAAGGAUAGAGGGAACAAUGAAUGGUGCCAAAUACAGGCAAAUCUUUGAGAACCUGCUUUAGGGUGCAAUCGACCUUAGACUGGGGCGAAGAUUUACGUUCCAACAGGACGAUGACCCCAAGCAUACAGUCAAAGCAACACUGUACUGGCUUCAGAACAAGAAUGUGAAAAUCCUUGAGUGGCCCAGCCAAAGCCUAGACUUAAAUUGCAUUUGAAAAUCUGUGGAAAGACUUGAAGAUUGCUGUUCACGCCGCACCCCAUCAAACUUAACGGAGCUUGAGAAAAUCUGCAAGGAAGAAUGGGAGAAAAUCCCCAUCCAGAUGGGCAAAGUUGAUACAGAGAUAUACCCAAGAUGACUGAAAGCUGUAUUUCAUUUUCAAUAAAUUUGCUACAAUUUCUAAAAACAUGUUUUCACUUUGUGGUUAUGGGGUAUUGUGUUUAGAUGGGUGAGAGAAAUCAAUUUAAUCCAUUUUGAAUUCCGGCUGUAAUACAACAAAAUGUGGAAUAAGUCAAGGGGUAUGAAUACUUUCUGAAGGCACUGUAUCAGCACUUAGGCCUACAAUUUGUUUGCUUUCUUGAGCUGUGAAAGCUAAUGCAUUUUAGAACAUACAAGCUUUGUACAAUGCGACACAGCAGUGUUUAUAAAUACAGUAGAAUAGUAGUUUAAUAUGAUUCAUGCUGUUUCAGGAUGGUAUGGUACGAUGCGACACAGCAGUGGGAACGCCAGACUACAUUUCACCAGAGGUACUAAAAUCCCAGGGAGGAGAUGGAUAUUACGGCCAGGAGUGUGACUGGUGGUCCGUGGGAGUCUUCCUGUAUGAGAUGCUCGUCGGUGAGUCGCAAUACGAGACCUUUUCUCACGCUGUUACGAUCGAAAACAAACGGGUCAUACAGUUUGAACCCCUAUUGUAGUUCUGGAGCAGAGUAUUCCCAUUAAUUUGCAGGCAGCAAAAAUACCAUUGAGGAUAGUCUUCUAUUCCCUCAUUUGACUCUGGUAGUACAUAACAUCUUCCCCUUGUUUUGUCAUAUUGUACACUGCUCAAAAAAAUAAAGGGAACACUAAAAUAACAUCCUGGAUCUGAACGAAUGAAAUAAUCUUAUUAAAUACUUUUUUCUUUACAUAGUUGAAUGUGCUGACAACAAAAUCACACAAAAAUUAUCAAUGGAAAUCAAAUGUAUCAACCCAUGGAGGUCUGGAUUUGGAGUCACCCUCAAAAUUAAAGAGGAAAACCACACUACAGGCUGAUCCAACUUUGAUGUAAUGUCCUUAAAACAAGUCAAAAUGAGGCUCAGUAGUGUGUGUGGCCUCCACGUGCCUGUAUGACCUCCCUACAACGCCUGGGCAUGCUCCUGAUGAGGUGGCGGCUGGUCUCCUGAGGGAUCUCCUCCCAGACCUGGACUAAAGCAUCCGCCAACUCCUGGACAGUCUGUGGUGCAAUGUGCCAUUGGUGGAUGGAGCGAGACAUGAUGUCCCAGAUGUGCUCAAUUGGAUUCAGGUCUGGGGAACGGGCGGGCCAGUCCAUAGCAUCAAUGCCUUCCUCUUGCAGGAACUGCUGACACACUCCAGCCACAUGAGGUCUAGCAUUGUCUUGCAUUAGGAGGAACCCAGGGGCAACCGCACCAGCAUAUGGUCUCACAAGGGGUCUGAGGAUCUCAUCUCGGUACCUAAUGGCAGUCAGGCUACCUCUGGCGAGCACAUGGAGGGCUGUGUGGCCCCCCAAAGAAAUGCCACCCCACACCAUGACUGACCCACCGCCAAACCGGUCAUGCUGGAGGAUGUUGCAGGCAGCAGAACGUUCUCCACGGCGUCUCCAGACUCUGUCACGUCUGUCACAUGUGCUCAGUGUGAACCGGCUUUCAUCUGUGAAGAGCACAGGGCGCCAGUGGCGAAUUUGCCAAUCUUGGUGUUCUCUGGCAAAUGCCAAACGUCCUGCACCCCCACCUGUGGACGUCGGGCCCUCAUACCACCCUCAUGGAGUCUGUUGGGGCGGCAGGUAGCUUAGUGGGUAAGAGCGUUGUGCCAGUAACCGAAAGGUUGCUGGUUCUAAUCCCCGAGCCGACUAGGUGAAAAAUCUGUCGAUGUGCCCUUAAGCAAGGCACUUAACCCUAAAUGCUCCUGUAAGUCGCUCUGGAUAAGAGCGUCUGCUAAAUGGCUAAAAUGUAAAUGUAAAAUGUUUCUGACCGUUUGAGCAGACACAUGCACAUUUGUGGCCUGCUGGAGGUCAUUUUGCAGGGCUCUGGCAGUGCUCCUCCUUGCACAAAGGCGGAGGUAGCAGUCCUGCUGCUGGGUUGUUGGCCUCCUCCACGUCUCCUGAUGUACUGGCCUGUCUCCUGGUAGCGCCUCAAUGCUCUGGACACUACACCGACAGACACAGCAAACCUUCUUGCCACAGCUCGCAUUGAUGUGCCAUCCUGGAUGAGCUGCACUACCUGAGCCACUUGUGUGGGUUGUAGACUCCGUCUCAUGCUACCACUAGAGUGAAAGCACCGCCAGCAUUCAAAGUGACCAAAACAUCAGCCAGGAAGCAUAGGAACUGAGAAGUGGUCUGUGGUCACCACCUGCAGAACCACUUCUUUAUUGGGGGUGUCUUGCUAAUUGCCUAUAAUUUCCACCUGUUGUCUAUUCCAUUUGCACAACAGCAUGUGAAAUGUAUUGUCAAUCAGUGUUGCUUCCUAAGUGAACAGUUUGAUUUCACAGAAGUGUGAUUGACUUGGAGUUACAUUGUGUUGUUUAAGUGUUCCCUUUAUUUUUUUGAGCAGUGUAUAAUCAUCAUGACAUUAAUCCAUACUAUGCAAUGAUUAAGUUGGAAAGAAUACUAUCUUGUUGCUCCUGUACUGCAUAUACAGUAUCCUGUUUCACACAUUGGCCACUUGUAGUGAAUCACGUUUACUUAAUUUUUUAUCCCAGCCCCCGUCCCCACAGGAGGCCUUUUGCCUCUUGGUAGGCCGUCAUUGUAAAUAAGAAUUUGUUUUUAAUUGACUUGCAUAGUUAAAUAAAAAUAAAGUAAAGAAAACAACAUUUCACACACUGAACCUGGAUGGAUGUGGUCUCUGGAAUGACUCCAGACUUCCAGUGUGUUUGUGUUUAUAGCCAAGUGUGUGUGUUUUCAGUCUGUUUGUGAUUGUUUUGUGGCCACUUAUUGUAGACAUUGCCGUAGGGCUGGGUGAUAUGGCCAAAAUGUCAUAUCACAUUAUCUUCCUUAUUUAGGGGUAUUUAAGUCUUUUUUUUUUUUUCAGAAUAAAAUAAUUUAGGAAUAUAUUUUUAGUAGUUCAUGACCCUAGGAUAGCAACAAAUGAAUUCUAAGUGGUUUCAAUGGGCUUCCUCCAUUCUGAUUGUUGUAUACUCAACCAAACUAGGACAAAACUGACAGUUGUCCAAUUUGUAGAACUUUUCAUUUAUUUAACACUGUAUCAAAAUACCUUUUAUAGACGGUAUGGUAAAAAUCAAUACCGGUAUGUGGAUCCAUACCAGUAUACCUUAAGACGAUAUAUCACCCAGCCCUACAUUGCCUCAACCUAAAGGAAGUGGAUAGUCAACCAGCACAUCCCAAAGUUGAGGCCAGGUAUAGGGAUCAACAUUUGUUCAAGGUUAGGGUAAUGGUUAAGGGUUUACAUUUAGGCUAAGCAAACCCCCAUUGAGAACCAUUCAAAAUAUGUUGGCUUGGCUGCGUUCACUAGCUAACCUCACUGCCUGUGGAUUUGUGUGCCUAUAGGUGACACACCGUUCUAUGCUGACUCGUUGGUGGGGACUUACAGUAAGAUCAUGAACCACAAGAACGCACUGACCUUUCCUGAAGACAGCGACAUCUCCAAGGAUGCCAAGAACCUUAUCUGUGCCUUCCUGACUGACAGGUGAGGGUGAUGAUGAUUACUUUAUUUUUAUGCGCAGUUAGGAAAUAAAAACUGGUGGCGCGGAAAGCCCUGAUUUAUACAGUUUUAGUCAGAUAAAUCUUUCUUGUUUUACCAAUGAUUUCCCUAGUUGACAAGUAGAUGGAAAGGGACUAGUGUUAUGAACUCAUUGACUUGAUUAGACUUAGUAAUCACUCAAACAUCGAGCUGUGAUCAUCUGAAGAGCUAUCAUUCAUGUCGAGAAGCUUUCACUCAGUUGUUUUCAGAGAGUUAGUUUCAAAUCCAUAGACUCUGUAUAAUAAUGGACAUUAUCAGUGGAUUGCAGAAUCACUAAACAGUACGUUGUUCUAAUUUCCUGUUACCAGGGAGGUGCGACUGGGCCGUAACGGGGUGGAUGAGAUCAAGAGGCAUCCUUUCUUCAAGAAUGACCAGUGGACAUGGGAGAACAUCAGAGAGAGUGAGUUGUGUUCAGGUCAACCAGGAGCGCUUUCAUGAUUCCUAUGUGUUUGUAACACCCCCUUAACCCCCUCACUCUGCACUGCUCUGUUGAUUAACUGCUGUUAGUGAAAAUACAUGUUUUCCCAUUGACCUACUGAGGACAGUCACAGGAAAUACCAGAAUAAGAACCAUUCAUUUCAUUCAGUAACCCAUGGCCACGCACUGAGUGAUUGCAACGAUUCCACUUUUAGUGGUGUUAUCAGUUUGAAACCAAUUUGAAACCUGGAUGGAUGAUUUUGAGGGUGAGAACGGGAUCAUGUACAGUAGGGAGAUUUUUUUUUUUUUAAUGGGGCGGUACUACCAGAACUUGUCCUAUAAGAAACGCUCAUUUUGGUUUUCUGUUGCAAAGCUUUUUGCUGCGGUGUACCCUACCGAACAGCACCCUGGCGUUAGUGUUGAUGUGGUCUCCGGCUACAGCGGAGAGAUUAGAGGCGGAGGGCUAAAUGUAAAUCCACUGGCUAUAGCAGCUCUUUACUGGGUUUAUAUUAAAUACGCUGAAGGGCUGCAGUCAGCACUUUGGCCUGGCCACACCGCUCCUAGCCCUGCUCUGGCAUGCCCUGCCAUUCUCCAGCACCAGCUGUCCUAGCUGCUCCCCUAGUUGACUAGCUGGGUGACCUAGGAAUGGAACCCUAUUCCCUAUGAAGUGCACUUGUUUUGGCCUGAGCCUUACAUAUGUGGUGAGCCUUACAUCUGUGCAGUGCACUUCAUAGGGAAAAGGUGCAAAGUAGUACACUUCAUAGGGAAUAGGAUGCCAGGUUCAGUGUGUGAACCAGAACUCUGUCACCCCUCCGCAUACCUACUGUAUCAACUGUCAGACUGAGUGCUGGUGUUUUAUAGUUGAUACAUUUUAUCUCCUAAGUAAUCUAGAUUGACAAGAGACAGUUUAAGAUUAUGGGGGAGAGAAGGACUGACAUAUUUGACAGCAGAACAUUGCCAUAAGCAGAGAAGAGAUAGUGUGGUGUCAGGACUAUAGGAGAAAGAGGGCAGAGCACGCACACAUCCACAUCGACGGGGCUGUUGUGGAGCAGUUCGAGAGCUUUAAGUUCCUUGGUGUCCACAUCUCUAAGGACUUAACAUGGUCCACACACACCUGAACAGUAGUGAAGCGGGAAAGGCAGCACCUCUUCUCCCGUCAUGAGGCUGAAAAUUAUUGGCAUGGGCCCUCAGAUCCUCUGCACCAUCGAGAGCAUCUUGAUUGGCUGCAUCACUGGCAAUUGUACUGCCCUUGACCGCAAAGCGCUACAAAGGUGUGGUGCGGACUGCCCAGUACCUCACUGUGGCCGUGCUCCCUGCCAUCCAGGACCUCUAUAUCAGGCGGUGUCAGAGGAAGACCUGAAAAAUUGCCAAAGACUCCAGCCACCUGAGCCAUAGACUGUACUGGAGCAUCGGCUCUCGGACCAACCGGCUCUAAAACAGCUUCUACCCCCAAGCUCUCUCCUCAGACUGCUAAAUAGCCAGACUGCUAAAUAGUCAAUUAAUGGUACCCAAACUAUCUUGCACUGACCCUACGCACACUCACUAGACUAUACAGUGAGGGAAAAAAGUAUUUGAUCCCCUGCUGAUUUUGUACGUUUGCCCACUGACAAAGAAAUGAUCAGUCUAUAAUUUUAAUGGUAGGUUUAUUUGAACAGUGAGAGACAGAAUAACAACAAAAAAAUCCAGAAAAACGCAUGUCAAAAAUGUUAUAAAUUGAUUUGCAUUUUAAUGAGGGAAAUAAGUAUUUGACCCUCUCUCAAUCAGAAAGAUUUCUGGCUCCCAGGUGUCUUUUAUACAGGUAAUGAGCUGAGAUUAGGAGCACACUCUUAAAGGGAGUGCACCUAAUCUCAGCUUGUUACCUGUAUAAAAGACACCUGUCCACAGAAGCAAUCAAUCAAUCAGAUUCCAAUCUCUCCACCAUGGCCAAGACCAAAGAGCUCUUCAAGGAUGUCAGGGACAAGAUUGUAGACCUACACAAGGCUGGAAUGGGCUACAAGACCAUCGCCAAGCAGCUUGGUGAGAAGGUGACAACCGUUGGUGCGAUUAUUGGCAAAUGGAAGAAACACAAAAUAACUGUCAAUCUCCCUCGGCCUGGGGCUCCAUGCAAGAUCUCACCUCGUGGAGUUGCAAUGAUCAUGAGAACGGUGAGGAAUCAGCCCAGAACUACACGGGAGGAUCUUGUCAAUGAUCUCAAGGCAGCUGGGACCAUAGUCACCAAGAAAACAAUUGGUAACACACUACGCCAUGAAGGACUGAAAUCCUGCAGCGCCCGCAAGGUCCCCCUGCUCAAGAAAGCACAUAUACAUGCCUGUCUGAAGUUUGCCAAUGAACAUCUGAAUGAUUCAGAGGAGAACUGGGUGAAAGUGUUGUGGUGAGAUGAGACCAAAAUCGAGCUCUUUGGCAUCAACUGAACUCGCCGUGUUUGGAGGAGGAGGAAUGCUGCCUAUGACCCCAAGAACACCAUCCCCACUGUCAAACAUGGAGGUGGAAACAUUAUGCUUUGGGGGUGUUUUUCUGCUAAGGGGACAGGACAACUUCACCGCUUCAAAGGGACGAUGGACGGGCCAUGUACCAUCAAAUCUUGGGUGAGAACCUCCUUCCCUCAGCCAGGGCAUUGAAAAUGGGUCGUGGAUGGGUAUUCCAGCAUGACAAUGACCCAAAACACACGGCCAAGGCAACAAAGGAGUGGCUCAAGAAGAAGCACAUUAAGGUCCUGGAGUGGCCUAGCCAGUCUCCAGACCUUAAUCCCAUAGAAAAUCUGUGGAGGGAGCUGAAGGUUCGAGUUGCCAAACGUCAGCCUCGAAACCUUAAUGAUUUGGAGAAGAUCUGCAAAGAGGAGUGGGACAAAAUCCCUCCUGAGAUGUGUGCAAACCUGGUGGCCAACUACAAGAAACGUCUGACCUCUGUGAUUGCCAACAAGGGUUUUGCCACCAAGUACUAAGUCAUGUUUUGAGAGGGGGUCAAAUACUUAUUUCCCUCUUUAAAAUGCAAAUCAAUUUAUAACAUUUUUGACAUGCGUUUUUCUGGAUUUUGUUGUUGUUAUUCUGUCUGUCACUGUUCAAAUAAACCUACCAUUAAAAUUAUAGACUGAUCAUGUCUUUGUCAGUGGGCAAACAUACAAAAUCAGCAGGGGAUCAAAUACUUUUUUCCCUCACUGUAUGUACACACCAUACACACACACACACUCACUCACACACUACACUGUCACUCCCACACAAAUCCCUCACACAUUCAAACACUAUAUACGCACACACACAACACACACACACAUACUGACAACACCAACAAACAUACAUCGACAUAUGUGCACUCUCUCACACACACUUCUAUACUCAUCAUUUGCUGCUGCUACUCUGUUCUUUAUUUUACUCUUAUUAUUAUCUAUCCUGAUGCCUAGUCACUACCCUGCCUUCAUGUACAUAGGUACCUAAAGUACCUCGAACCGCUGCACAUUGAUCUGGUACUGGUACUCCCUGUAUAUAGCUCCAUUCUUGUGUAUUUUGUUUUUUUCCUCUUGUGUUGGUUACCAUUUUAAAAAAUUAUCAUAUUUAAAUUCUGCAUUGUUGGGAAAGGUUCAUAAGCAAGCAUUUCACUGUAAAGUCUACACUAGUUGUAUUCGGUACAUGUGAUAAAUACUAUUUUAUUUCAUAUGGGAAUGAUUUAGAGUAAUAAUAAUUCAGGGGAUGCUUAUAUUUGUCUUGUUACACAAGUAUGUAAUGGAAGUGUGUUUCUUGCAUAUCCCAACUCCCCUGAGACUGUGUUGUUUACACUUGUAUCUCCCAUCUCCUUGUACUGGAAUCUAUAUUUGGCCAGUUUUAAAGUGCAGUACACACCUCAAAGUUUGACUGGCAUUUCCCCCCACAACAUGAUCUCAAGUUCUCAACUCAAUGUGCCUCCGCACCACCUCAGAAAACUAUGAGAAUACCUCUCCACCUGCGGUGAAUCAUGUUUCGGUUCUCUCCUCUCCUCUCCUCUCCUCUCCUCUCCUCUCCUCUCCUCUCCUCUCCUCUCCUCUCCUCUCCUCUCCUCUCCUCUCCUCUCCUCUCCUCUCCUCUCCUCUCCUCUCCUCUCCUCUCCUCUCCUCUCCUCUCCUCUCCUCUCCUCCACCUUCUGUCUAUCUGUGUUUCCAGCGGCGGCCCCGGUAGUGCCUGAGCUGAGCAGUGACAUCGACACCAGUAACUUUGACGACAUUGAGGAGGACCGGGGAGACGAGGAGACCUUCCCCAUACCAAAGGCCUUUGUGGGCAACCAGCUGCCCUUUGUGGGGUUCACCUACUAUAGCAGUCAUCAGUAAGUCUGUUAGCAUAGCCAGGCUUCAACUACUACAGCAGUCACCAGUAAGUCUGUUAGCAUAGCCAGGCUUCAACUACUACAGCAGUCACCAGUAAGGCUCUUGAAUCAUGUUUCGUGGAGAAUUUCCAUUAACUGCAUUUUAGUCCAAGACUUUAAUCUGUGUCAGGAAAAUGGUGUCCAGAGUAUGUGUUGGCACUGUCCGCUUAGCCUGGCGUCACCAACUACAGUCAACACUGUCAGUCGUCACCUAGGCUUUUCCUGGUCAGCUCAGGAGAAACUCAAGGCCUUAACCAUGGUCAUCAUACUGUAGUCAGGCCUGAUUUACCACAGUCAAAAUAGUCAGGGUGCACCGGCUGGCGCAAUCAUCAGUUAUUCUGUCAACUACUAGUCAACACUUUCUAGCUUAACCUGCUAGAUUCAUCAGAACUGUCAGUACUGCCGUUUUUUAUACCGCCACAUAAAUCUAAUGCAACCUGUAGAACUACAUAGCUAAUUACACCCUGAGCUUGUUAGACAUGCACAUAUGAAUGUCUCAUACUGGAGGGUAAUCUGACCUAGAUAACAACCACAACAUGUUUGACCCAGUGGGAUGUGUUCACUGUUUGGUCAGGUCAGGGAAGUGUGGUCCUAGUGUUGUCUCUGACUACGGUGCCUUCAGAAAGUAUUCACACCCCUGGAGUUUCUCCACAUUUUGUUUUGUUACAGCCUGAAUUUAAAAUGGAUUAAAUUGAGAUUGUGUCACUGGCCUACACACAAUACCCCAUAAUGUCAAAGAGGAAUUAUGUUUUUAUUAAAAAUGAAAAGCUGAAAUGUCUUGAGUCAAUAAGUGUUUGACCACUUUGUUAUGACAAGCCUAAAUAAGUUCAGGAUUCACUCUGUGUGUAAUAAGAGUGUUUAACAUGAUUUUUGAAUGACUACCUCAUCUCUGUAUCCCACAAAUACAAUUAUCUGUAAGGUCCCUCAGUCGAGCAGUGAAUUUCAAACACAGAUUCAAUCACAAAGGCCAGGGAGGUUUUUCCAAUGCCUCGCAAAGAAGGGCACCUAUUUGUAGAUUGGUAAAUCUCCCUUUGAGCAGGGUAAAGUUAUUAAUUACACUUUAGAUGGUGUAUCAAUACACCCAGUCACUACAAAGAUGCAGACGUCCUCCUAACUCCGUUGCCGGAGAGGAAGGAAACCUCUCAGGGAUUUCACCAUGAGGCCAAUCAAUGGUGACUUUAAAACAGUUAGAGUUGAAUGGCUGUGAUAGGAGAAAACUGAGGAUGGAUCAACAGCAUUGUAGUUACUUCACAAUACUAAAUGACAGAGUGAAAAGAAGGAAGCCUGUACAGAAUAAAAAUAUCCCAAAACACGCAUCCUGUUUGCGAUAAGGCACGUAAGUAAAACUGCAAAAAAUGGCAAAGAAAUUAACUUUGUCCUGAAAACAAACCGUUAUGUUUGGGGCAAAACCAACACAACACAUCACUGAGUACCACCCUCCUGUACUCCCUGUUCACUCAUGACCGCAUGGCCAGUCACGACUCCAACACCAUCAUUUAAGUUUGCCGAUGACACAACAGUGGUAGGCCUGAUCACCGACAAUGACGAGACAGCCUAUAGGGAGGAGGUCAGAGACCUGGCCGUGUGGUGCCAGGACAACAACCUCUCCCACAACGUAAUCAAGACAAAGGAGAUGAUUGUGGACUACAGGAAAAAGAAGAGGACCGAGCACGCCCCCAUUCUCAUCGAUGGGGCUGUAGUGGAGCAGGUUGAGAGCUUAAGUUCCUUGAUGUCCACAUCACCAACAAACGAACAUGGUCCAAGCACACCAAGAGAGUCGUGAAAAGGGCACGACAACGCCUAUUCCCCCUCAGGAGACUGAAAAGAUUUGGCAUGGGUCCUCAGAUCCUCAAAAGGUUCUACAGCUGCACUGUCGAGAGCAUCCUGACUGGUUGCAUCACUGCCUGGUAUGGCAACUGCUCGGCCUCCGACCGCAAGGCACUACAGAGGGUAGUGCGUACGGCCCAGUACAUCACUGGGGCCAAGCUUCCUGCCAUCCAGGACCUCUAUACCAGGCGGUGUCAGAGGAAGGCCCUAAAAAUGGUCAAAGACUCCAGCCACCCUAGUUAUAGACUGUUCUCUCUGCUACCGCACGGCAAGCAGUACCGGAGCGCAAAGUCUAGGUCCAAGAGGCUUCUAAACAGCUUCUACCCCCAAGCCAUAAGACUCUUGAACAUCUAAUCAAAUGGCUACCCAGACUAUUUGCAUUGCCCCCCCACCCCUCUUUUACGCUGCUGCUACUCUCUGUUUAUUAUCUAUGCAUAGUCACUUUAAUAACUCUACCCACAUGUACAUACAGUGAGGGAAAAAAGUAUUUGAUCCCCUGCUGAUUUUGUACGUUUGCCCACUGACAAAGAAAUGAUCAGUCUAUAAUUUUAAUGGUAGGUUUAUUUGAACACAGAGACAGAAUAACAACAACAAAAUCCAGAAAAACGCAUGUCAAAAAUGUUAUGAAUUGAUUUGCAUUUUAAUGAGGGAAAUAAGUAUUUGACCCCUCUGCAAAACAUGACUUAGUACUUGGUGGCAAAACCCUUGUUGGCAAUCACAGAGGUCAGACGUUUCUUGUAGUUGACCACCAGGUUUGCACACAUCUCAGGAGGGAUUUUUUCCCACUCCUCUUUGCAGAUCUUCUCCAAAUCAUUAAGGUUUCGAGGCUGACAUUUGGCAACUCGAACAUUCAGCUCCCUCCACAGAUUUUCUAAGGGAUUAAAGUCUGGAGACUGGCUAUGCCACUCCAGGACCUUAAUGUGCUUCUUCUUGAGCCACUCCUUUGUUGCCUUGGCCGUGUGUUUUGGGUCAUUGUCAUGCUGGAAUACCCAUCCACGACCCAUUUUCAAUGUCCUGGCUGAGGGAAGGAGGUUCUCACCCAAGAUUUGACGGUACAUGGCCCGUCCAUCGUCCCUUUGAAGCGGUGAAGUUGUCCUGUCCCCUUAGCAAAAAAACACCCCCAAAGCAUAAUGUUUCCACCUCCAUGUUUGACGGUGGGGAUGGUGUUCUUGGGGUCAUAGGCAGCAUUCCUCCUCCUCCAAACACGGCGAGUUGAGUUGAUGCCAAAGAGCUCGAUUUUGGUCUCAUCUGACCACAACACUUUCACCCAGUUCUCCUCUGAAUCAUUCAGAUGUUCAUUGGCAUACUUCAGACAGGCAUGUAUAUGUGCUUUCUUGAGCAGGGGGACCUUGCGGGCACUGCAGGAUUUCAGUCCUUCACGGCGUAGUGUGUUACCAAUUGUUUUCUUGGUGAGUAUGGUCCCAGCUGCCUUGAGAUCAUUGACAAGAUCCUCCCGUGUAGUUCUGGGCUGAUUCCUCACCGUUCUCAUGAUCAUUGCAACUCCAUGAGGUGAGAUCUUGUAUGGAGCCCCAGGCCGAGGGAGAUUGACAGUUCUUUUGUGUUUCUUCCAUUUGCGAAUAAUCGCACCAACUGUUGUCACCUUCUCACCAAGCUGCUUGGCGAUGGUCUUGUAGCCCAUUCCAGCCUUGUGUAGGUCUACAAUCUUGUCCCUGACAUCCUUGGAGAGCUCUUUGGUCUUGGCCAUGGUGGAUAGUUUGGAAUCUGAUUGAUUGAUUGCUUCUGUGGACAGGUGUCUUUUAUACAGGUAACAAGCUGAGAUUAGGAGCACUCCCUUUAAGAAUGUGCUCCUAAUCUCAGCUCGUUACCUGUAUAAAAGACACAUUGGAGGCAGAAAUCUUUCUGAUUGAGAGGGGGUCAAAUACUUAUUUCCCUUAUUAAAAUGCAAAUCAAUUUAUAACAUUUUUGACAUGCGCUUUUCUGGAUUUUUUUGUUGUUAUUCUGUCUCUCACUGUUCAAAUAAACCUACCAUUAAAAUUAUAGACUGAUCAUUUCUUUGUCAGUGGGCAAACGUACAAAAUCAGCAGGAGAUCAAAUACUUACUUGAAGAAUAUUUUUUAGGAAUAAUAUGCAAAUAUUGUACAAUCUAGGUGUGCAAAGCUCUUAGAGACUUACCCAGAAAGACUCACAGCUGUAAUCUCUUUCCAAGUUGAUUCUAACAUGUAUUGACUCAGGGGGUUACAAAUGUAAAAGAAAUCUGCCACUUUGACAUGAAAGUAUUUUGUGUAAAUCGUUGACAAAGAAAAAUACAAUUAAAUCCAUUUGAACCCUACUUUGUAACACAAAAUGUUGAUCAAGUUGUUGUGGUCUAUCCCCCAGGUUUUCCCGGAGCACCAGCACCAAGAGUGUUGACAAACGCAGCAGCUCCACCAAGGAGGAUAAGAGCCAUGUGAGUACUACUUAUAGAGAUGAAAACAAGUCUGUUGCAUCUGGAGUAGCUACUUUCUGCGAUGCUAAAUUCUCUUCAGGUUUUUAUGUCACGUUCCAAUGCGUAAUGGACACUAGUGUCGGUUUAUUCUACUUGAGCAUGUUACACUCUGCAAUGCCAAACUGAUUACAAAUGUAUUGUGUUGCAAAGUGUAAUGUAUUCUACAGUGUCUGUCUAUGGUGUUGUCAUACACAUUGUCUGUGUUCAGCUGGAGAACCUGCAGAAGAGGAUCUACCAGCUGGAGGAGCAGCUACACAGUGAGAUGCAGCUAAAGGACGAGAUGGAGCAGAAGUGCAGGUAGCAAUCAAUCACCCGUCAAUCAACUUCAAUUAACCAAUAAGUCAGAUCAAUAAUCAACAAAUCAGAUUUCAAGCAAAACAAAUACAUGCUCGUAAAAAGUGUAUUUUAAUGAACAAUGCACCUGUUUUGGAGCAGUUCCCAUUUUAAAAGAUCAAGCAAAGCAAGUUAAAGUGCUAAUCUUUGCUCUCCUUCUUUAGGACGAUGAACACAAAGCUCGACAAGAUCAUGAAAGAGCUGGACGAGGAGGUGAGUGAAUGUCUAGUGUUCUGAAACAUACCAGGGCAAAUGCAUAAUCACGAUGUACGGUAAUCUACAAAAGUGCAGCAAACAAGACAUGAUAUAGGGCCUAAAUGCUCUGUACAUUGAGUACUAACUCCUGUGCCACCCUCCCCUCCUCCCAGGCCAACGUGAGGAAGGGUGUGGAGGCCAGUAUGUCCCUCCUGGAGAAAGACAAGAUGAUGAUCCAGCACAGAGUCACCGAGUACCAAAGAAAAGCCGACCAGGAGGCAGAGAAGAGACGCAACUUGGAGAACGAGGGUAAGGAUUGUUUGUUUUUAUCCUUCUCUUUAACUCAAUCUCUCCAAUCUCCCACUGUUUUAGUCCAAACCUCUGUCUAUACACAUGUCUAUAACAAGUGUUUAUAACACUGAUUAUAAACACUUGCCCAUUCCACCCUCGGAAAGGCACACAUACACAAUCCAUGUCUCAGUUGUCUCGAGGCUUAAAAAUCCUUCUUUAACCCGUCUCCUCCCGUUAAUCUACACUGAUUUUGAAGUGGAUUUAACAGGUGACCUCAAUAAGGGCUCAUAGCUUUCACCUGAAUUCACCUGGUCAUUCUGUCAUAGAAAGAGCAGGUGUUCCUAAUGUUUUGUACACUAAGUGACAGGAUUUGUACAGGGUUAGUGCUACUACAGUAUAAUCUAUAAUGAGAUCUUGCACUACUGCAGUAGCAUCUUUCCUCCCUGUAUUCAUAAAGCAUCUCACUCAGAGUACGAUUACUGAUCCUCCCUGUCCAUGUAAUGUUACUAUGAUCUAGAAGAAAAAGCUGAUCCUGUAUUUGUACUCCUACUCUGAAAUGCUUUAUGAAAACGGGCCCAGAUGUUAUUGGAUCUAGCCCUAACAGAUGUUUGUCCCAACUGGAUUACUAGUACUCACUCUGACCGAUACAAGUGCAGCUUGACCUGCUAGUCUAGUUGUCUGCUAGUCUGACUCCCCCUACAGUGCUAACUAGCAGUCUUAACCCAGACACUCACCCUCUGAGACGCUCCCGUUAACUGGGACCAGAGGAUCGCUGUGAACUAAGUGGAUUCACACGUAUUAACUCCUUAAACUACCAGAUCGGAUACCAACAUGCACAUAAACAGAGCACUUUAAAUGCAACACAUGAGCAACUCCCAUGCACAAAAAAACAUGUUUCUGGAUACAGUUAGUUUAGUGUCAUGUUUUGAAAGGGAGACGUGUGUGAUAAAGAUGACUUGAUCUUUCAUUUAACUCUCAUCCUUACUCUGUUUCUUCUCAGUGUCCACUCUGAAAGAGCAGCUUGAGGCCAUGAGGAAAAUCUGCCAAAACUCUCAGGCCUCGAAUGACAAGAUCCUACAACUGCAGAAGCAGGUACAGUAUCUCUCGUACACUCACACAGCUUUGUUUUGGUCAAUUCUCUGGACUUUUUGGAGAGAGAAAAUAUAUUCCCAUUCAAAAUCCUAUUAUCCUUAACCUAACCCCUAAACCUAACCCUAACACUAACCCUAAAUCUAACCCGUAAGCCUAAAAUAGUGUUUGAACAAAUCCUGACUUUUCAAAAAUGUUAUUGUUUUCCUACCUUGUCAGGACAUUCUGACGACUUGUCAGGACAUUGUGGUCCUGAUAAGGUAGGAAAAUGUGUAUACACACACACUGCUCUCAUCAAUUGCCAUCCACACAGCAUAGGGGGUCAUUCUAGGUUUGAGGUCUCGUUUGAGGGUCAGAAUGUGGGUCAAAGGUAUGGACUGUGCAGGGAAGGGGUUUGUUUUGAGGAAUGUGUUUGGAUGUGUGAGACAGUUCAAGGAGAGAGCAGGCCAGGUUAUAACCACAGAUCUAGGAUCAGAUUACUCCACCCUAAAUUUGAACCUUAACCAUGACAAGGAUUAACAAUAUCUGACCCUUUGUGAUCACCCUAUGGCUUUGUUACAUUACAUGCAUUGAAGUUUAUCAGCAAAUUGAAGCCCCUUUUAUUUUCAUAUGCGCAAGUGAAGGACACAGAGGAAUCAGUGCCUCAUACCAGACUAGUAUAGACCUUUCAGACAGCAACACUAGUCUUUGCCUAUUAAGUAUUACUGGAAGUGCAUGGAUGGAUAUGAUUCUAUAGUAACAUUAGACGUCCACCCACAUAGUGGUUAAAAACCCCAACAACCGUCUCAGAAUCAAACAUUCUGCAGCAACUGAGCAGAUCAUCUGUGUCAGGAGGUAAUAUUGACUGUGAGCUUUCCCAAUGGUUGUUUCCUUGACUGACAGCUGGAGGAGGCCAAUGACCUGCUGAGGGUGGAGUCCGACACGGCAGCGCGGCUGAGGAAGAGCCACACGGAGAUGGCCAAGUCCGUGACCCAGUUGGAGGGGCUGACCAGUGAGCUGCAGGAGAAGAGCCGCUCGGCCGACGGAGGGAGGGCCCAGCUGGAGAAAGAGCUGCUGCAGCUGCAGAGCACCCUGGACUCUGAGAGGAGGAGCUACAGCCAGGGAUCAGAGGAGAUCCACGAGCUGCAAGGUACCAGAACACGUUCCUGGCUACAUUUCAAUUCUCCACUCUUUAAUCUUUAUUCAGCUCCCCAUUAGCUGACAGCUACUCUUCCUGGGGUCUAUACAACAAAAAAAUACAUAGCUAAGCACUCAUGUGAGCAUGGUCUUUUAAAUCCAUGUAGGGGGGUGCACAAGUGCACCAGACAAGAAAAAGUGUGGAGAAUUGGGACGCACUCAGUGGCUCACACCCAAAGACUGUGCUCAUUGUUCUAUGAGUAAAUAUGACUUGGACAUGACUCAGUGUUUGAGUAAAUACGAGGUCUGACCGCAACCCUGCGUUCACUUGGGCAUGUGUUAGAACUAGAAUGGAUGAACAUGAUUGCCUACGCCAUUUUAGUUUGCUUUACAGUAAUUCCUCAGUCACUCUUACUUAACUGUUUUUCAGUCUUGCCACGUUCAACUAACUUCAAAUGAUCUGAAUUGAUUUGUCUCUCCCUCUCUUCUCAACUAUUUAAGAGACAGCUGGGGAAUCUUAGCUCCAGUUCUAACCAUUCUCGUUCAUCACAUUAGACGUGCCCAGGCACUGCCAAUGCCCACAGCACUCACAUCAGACUUAUCUGCCAAACAGUCAUGUUUUAUCUGGAGAGAAGUGCUUUGAAGAGGCUUGGGGAUGAAUUUAUCUGAUGGAUUGUGUUGAAAUAAUAUUGCUCUAAAUUCAGACUGAAUUUGAAGUCUACAGUCAUCCAUAUUUAAUAAAAAUAAUACUUUACUGUCCAGUUUCCUUAGUCCACAAAUAUAGUUUUCCAAAUCGGAAAGCUAUGCAUUAUGGUGUUGUCAACAUGGGUUUAGCACGUUACACAAACCACUAUUUUUAAGAUGCACAAACCACUGUUUUGAAGGUGACUCUCGGUUUCUCUCACUGUGUGUCUGUAGCGCGGAUGAUGGGUCUUCAACAGGACAACAAGAACUUGAAGCUCAGCCUGUCCAAAGUGGAGGUGGAACGCAAGCAGGCCCAGGAGAGGAGCAACAACCUGGAGAAGGUUUGUGCCCUCCAAGUCUCUCCUCAUGUCACUCACAUACUGUGCUUUAUAAGGCUAACACAAACCCUGUCAUUGAUGUCUAGUUACUAGUGACGUCCACCUAUUGUCAGUAGUGGUCCAAAUGGAAGUAUCAAAGACAAUACAGUUGUACUCUAUAUCAACACAUCUUCUUUGUUGCGAUAACCACAUGUAUAUCUAACUGGUAUUUUAGUCCCCUUACUCCCAGGCUUAAGAGCCUCUCUACCAUAGAGAUCAGCAGAAUUAAUGUUUUCCUUGUCAUUUUUACACAUGCUGCCAGGAUGCCAAUGUCCAUUCUAGGGAUUCUAUAUGUAAUUCUACACUUUCUAUCAACAGGAUAAGAACAACCUGGAGAUCGACCUGAACUACAAGCUAAAGACACUGCAGCAGCGUCUGGACCAGGAGCACACAGAACACAGGGUGACGCGGGCCCAGCUCACUGACAAAUACGAGUCCAUUGAGGAAGCCAAGUCAGCCGCCAUGCAUGGUAUAUCUGGGCCCAUGUUAGAACACACCCUAGCCACCACUACAGUCUGUCUCUGUCUCUUUCUCUCCCUUGUUCUCUGUCUGCUCUCUGCCUCUCUAUCCCUCUCUCUGCCUCUCUAUCCCUCUCCCCCCUCUCUCUCCCCUGCACCACUCAUACCCAGGGAGGCACUGGAUGGAUGGAGAGGAAUUCAGGGAGUGGACUGCGCUCCCCUCCAUGUGACAUGUUCAGACUUUAACUCCCUACAUAUUAAAAGCUGGACCCAAUACCACCUUCCAAAAACAUCAGAAAUAAUUCAAGACCAGCACUGUUUGAAGCAACAUUUACUUGUCUUCCAGACAUGUCUAGUGCCGCCUUUGCCUAUACACAGACUACGCGCUGUGCUUAGGGCCCUGUGGUUGCUAGGGGGCCCAGACCCCGUACUGUUGAGUUAGAAUAGUAGAAUAGACAAGGUGCAAUUUAGAAAUGUGGUAGUGUAUCAUCAGUUUUCACUGAAAGUCACUCAAUUAGCCCAUAUCAGCUAAUAUUUUUUAUAUUGCUAGGUAAAGUAGUUUAGCCAGCUAUCUAAACCUUGUAGUAAUCAUCACCAAAUUACCCUCUGGGCAUGCAGUACAUGUGCCCAGGGGCCCUGACCUCCAGGGGGCCCCCAUUGAUUUUGUUAGUCACUCUCACUCAUAUGAACAUGGCAUACGCCAAGAGGGGGUGUACUAAAAUGUUUUGCCCGUGAGGAUGGUGGGUCAUUUCAAAUAACUGAGCACAAAUGUCCUAUUCAAUCUGUCAGUGAGGUUCUUCCAUUGAAUGAUGGAUAGUUGCAACUGAGUGACAUCUCCUUCCCUCCUCCUCUCCCUCAAGCGGUGCAGCACAAGGUGUCUGAGGAGAGCGGGGCACGGAUGCGAGCGGAGAGCAGGGUGGUGGAGGUGGAGAAGCAGUGCUCCAUGCUGGAGUUUGAUCUCAAGCAGUCGGUGCAGAAGAUGGAGCAGCUGAUGAAGCAGAAGGAGAGGCUGGAGGACGAGGUGAGCACCAGCACCACUCAACACCAACAUCGACUCACCUUGUCUGGGGUGGAGGUCCAUGGGCACUGGCCCUAAAAACAUUUAACCACUUUUCUGGAUAUCAUACAACUACCCCCCUCUACACAAACAUUCACGUUAAUCAUUAGUCGAUACUAAUGAGGCUUUCGCAAGAAAUAAAGUUUUCAACGUGCAGAUCUCAAGUUAGGAUUCGGCCCUCCAGAAAAAGCUGUUGAUUUCCCGAGAACAAGUCUGGUAUAACCCCAGUGUAGUUAGGACAUACUGUGGUUCUCUCUUGUCCUAACAUCCCUGGUUCUCCCCUGCAGGUGAAGGAUCUGCGGAUGCAUCUGGAGCAGGAGUCCAGUAAGAGGCUGCUGGCCCAGAACGAGCUGAAGAGCCGCUCCCAGGAGGCGGACCGGCUGAAGGGCUCGGAGAAGCAGCUGAAGCAGGAGAUCAACACGGCACUAGAGAGCAAACGCUCGCUUGAGUUCCAGCUCGCACAGCUCACCAAGUGAGAAUACCCUCCAAACUAGUCACGUUGUCACACCCCACACAGGGGAUUAGGUAGUUUACCCCUAGUCACUGGUACAAGGGUCAGAUAUAACCUAAUGGUUAAGGUUGGGAUAGGGGUUUUCCUAGCUCUGUGGGUAACUUCUAGCUCGAUCCUCGACAGGCUACAUUGAGCAUCAUCUCAAUGCGUGUAUCUCCCUUCCAAAUGAAUGCAAUACCUUCCAGACACACUUCUCUAACUCCAUUAGCUAAACUCUAUUCUGAAAAUCUGUAAUAGUCUGUAGUUUUACGUUCCUUCCUGCAGCUAGCUAAUACUGCUUUGGGAGUCUAUGUUAAAUGGCCCUACAAUUGGUCGUUAUUCCAGUAAAAAUGCUCUUAUUUCAGCUUAGACGUUGACUGUGGCAAAGCUCCCCAGUGACAAUGUUUACACCACAGGGUUAAGGAUUAGCCAGAGUCGAGCUCCUCCCAUUAGAAUGACUGGACUGUUAAUCCGUCUGCUUACUGUAGCUUUCUGCCUAUGGAGCUUUGCAGGGAGUGGUGGAGGGGUGGUGGUAUUCCCGGGCUACAUACAACCCUGGGACAUACUGUAUGGUGUAAUGAAGUUAAUAAUCUAUACACUAAGGUUUUGUAUCUGAAAUCUGAAAGGCUUUUUGAGGAUUUUACCAGAGUCUGAGUUUCCCCUUGAACGCGGUCUUUUUUGGUUGUUUUGAAAUGUUUCUUUAGCUCACAUAUGCAAUAUGUUAACCAUAUGGUUUGUGUGCCCGUCUUCCAGGCAAUACAGGGGCAACGAGGGACAGAUGAGGGAACUUCAGGACCAGCUUGAGGCCGAACAGUAUUUCUCAGUGAGUAGGGUCCAUUUACCUCACUGUCCUAUAACCCUGCUCAGUGGCUAACUGACUGACGCCAUAUCUCCUGUCUCUACCUCCAGACGCUUUAUAAAACUCAGGUGAAGGAACUGAAGGAAGAGAUCGAGGAGAGGAACCGGCAGGUCCAGGAAGUUCACAAGAAGGUGCAUGAGCUGCACAGCGAAAGGUAACAUGACAAAAUGGAAAUGUGCGGCAGGUAGCCUAGCGGUUAAGAACGUUGGGCAAGUAACCGAAAUGUCGCUGGUUCGAAUUCCCUAGCCGACCAGGUGAAAAAUAUGUCUCUGCCCUUGAACAAGGCACUUAACCCCAAUUGCUCCUGUAAGUUGCUCUGGAUAAGAGCAUCUUCUAAAUAUCUCAAAUGUAGGUGUAAUGUAAUAUCAGGCCUUUGUCAAUAUAGCAAGAAUCAGUAUUGUAAUCAUACGCUGUGGUCAGAAUAUGGGGUGCAGCUUUUCUCGACCAGCCUACUUUCAAAUCACCACACAGAGCGAUUGUGAAUCUGAUUUUAAACCAUGUGUGUCUGUCCUCCCUCCCUUCCUCCCAGGGACUCCCUGUCAGCCCAGCUGGAUCUGACGGUGACCAAGGCAGAGUCGGAGCAGCUGGCCAGGGCUCUCCAGGAGGAGCAGUACUUUGAGCUGCGCCAGGAGAACAAGAAGGCCAUGGCCAGACACAAGCAGGAGGGCUCCGAGAAGGAUUCCACCAUCGCACGGGUCAGUACUGCUUGCCUCAAUACACACUCCUCUCCUGCAUUGUAAAAUCUUCAAAGUCAGGGAAAAUAAAUCUAUCCAGGAAUGUGGGCACAGAGGAAACAACAGCUUAGUAUACUUCCAAUAUUGUCCUAUUUAAUAAUUACAUUGUUUUGUGUGUGUGUCAGGCAGCUGUACACCUACAUUUAAACCUGAAUGUCUCUCCUCUUGUCUUCCCCAGCUUGAGGAAUCCAACAAAACCCUGACCAAAGAUGUGGAGAACCUCAGCAAGGAGAAGGCUGAGCUGGACCACAAGCUUCGCACUCAGGUGGAAGGUAAUGUCAAGACACCAUUUUCAUAACUUGGUCUAAUUAUUAUAUUCUAUGCUUAUUCUGUUAUAAUCUAGGCCUAUGGUUAAUGUCUUCAUAGGCACUUACAGUUGAAGUCUGAAGUUUACAUCUUAGCCAAAUACAUUUAAACUCAGUUUUUCACAAUUCCUGACAUUUAAUCCUAGUAAGAAUUCCCUGUCUUAGGUCAGUUAGGAUCACCACUUUAUUUUAAGAAUGUGAAAUGUCAGAAUAAUAGUAGAGAGAUUUAUUUAUUUCAGCUUUUAUUUCUUUCAUCACAUUUCCAGUGGGUCAGAAGUUUACAUACACUCAAUUAGUAUUUGGUAGCAUUGCCUUUAAAUUGUUUAACUUGGGUCAAACGUUUUGGGUAGCCUUCCACAAGCUUCCCACAAUAAGUUGGGUGAAUUUUGGCCCAUUCCUCCUGACAGAGCUGGUGUAACUGAGUCAGGUUUGUAGGCCUCCUUGCUCGCACACGCUUUUUCAGUUCUGCCCACAAAUUUCUAUAGGAUUGAGGUCAGGGUUUUGUGAUGGCCACUCAAUACCUUGACUUUGUUGUCCUUAAGCCAUUUUGCCACAACUUUGGAAGUAUGCUUGGGGUCAUUGUCCAUUUGGAAGACCCAUUUGCAACCAAGCUUUAACUUCCUGACUGAUGUCUUGAGAUGUUGCUUCAAUAUAUCCACAUAAUUUUCCUUCUGCAUGAUGCCAUCUAUUUUGUGAAGUGCACCAGUCCCUCCUGCAGCAAAGCACCCCCACAGCAUGAUGCUGCCACCCCCGUGCUUCACGAUUGGGAUGGUGUUCUUUGGCUUGCAAGCCACCCUCUUUUUCCGCCAAACAUAACAAUGGUCAUUAUGGCCAAAACAGUAUUUUUGUUUCAUCAGACCAGAGGACAUUUCUCCAAAAAGUACGAUCUUUGUCCCCAUGUGCAGUUGCAAACCGUAGUCUGUCUUUUUUAUGGCGGUUUUGGAGCAGUGGCUUCUUCCUUGCUGAGCUGCCUUUCAGGUUAUGUCGAUAUAGGAGUCGUUUUACUGUGGAUAUAGAUACUUUUGUACCGGUUUCCUCCAGCAUCUUCACAAGGUCAUUUGCUGCUGUUCUGGGAUUGAUUUGCACUUUUCGCACCAAAGUACGUUCAUUUCUAGGAGACAGAACGCGUCUCCUUCCUGAGCGGUAUGACGGCCGCGUGGUCCCAUGGUGUUUAUACUCGCGUACUAUUGUUUGUACAGAUGAACAUGGUACCUUCAGGCGUUUGGUAAUUGCUCCCAAGGAUGAACCAGACUUGUGGAAACUACAAAAAAAAAUUCUGAGGUCUUGGCUGAUUUCUUUUGAUUUCCCCAUGCUGUCAAGCAAAGAGGCACUGAGUUUGAAGGUAGGCCUUGAAAUACACCCACAGGUAAAUGAUGUCAAUUAGCCUAUCAGAAGCUUCUAAAGCCAUGACAUCAUUUUCUGGAAUUUUCCAAGCUGUUUAAAGGCACAGUCAAUUUAGUGUAUGUAAACUUCUGACCCACUGGAAUUGUGAUACAGUGACAUUAUAAGUGAAAUAAUCUGUCUGUAAACAAUUGUUGGACAAAUUACUUUUGUCAUGCACAAAGUAAUGUCCUAACCAACUUGCCAAAACUAUUGUUUGUUAACAAGAAAUUUGUGGAGGGGUUGAAAAACAAGUUUUAAUGACUCCAACCUAACUGUAUGUAAACUUCCGACUUCAACUGUAUAUGGUCCCCUCUGUCAGUUGGAUCCGUGUAAGACUGUCUGGUUUCCUCACACUGUCUGUCCCCUUCUCCUCUGCAGAGUAUGACUCCCAGAAAGAGGAGAUUACAAACACAAUCAAGGCCAACUACGAGAAGGUUCUCAGCACAGAGCGCACGCUCAAGACUCAGGUAAGACACUUCAACCUUUGACUGUUUACUUUACUGAACAUUACACCAAUAGUUCUGAGCUCCUUUGACCUCAUAUUUACACCUCGAACACAACCCCAUAGUUCUUCCAUUCAACGUUUUUAAACCUCAACCCGUUGCCCUACUUUGUUAAACCUCAACCCUACCUCAACCGGUUGCCCAGUUUUGUUAAAGAUAAACCUCAACCUUACCUCGACCGGUUGCACCAUUUUGUUAAACCUGAACGUCAACCUUACCUCAACCGAUUGCCCCAUUUGAUCCCUCCAGGCGGUGAACAAGCUGGCAGAGAUCAUGAACAGGAAGGACAUGAAGCUUGACACCAAGAAGAAGGGCAGCACGACCGACCUGAGGAAGAAGGAGAAGGAGAACCGCAAGCUGCAGCUGGAGCUCAACCAGGAGCAGGAAAAGUUCAACCACAUGGCCAUCAAGUACCAGAAGGAGCUCAGCGAGAUGCAGGCGGUCAGUAAUAAUGCAUUAAACACUCAGUCUCUGUCAAUUUGACAGUAGGGUCUAAUUGGUCUCAAAAUCAUCUAACGAUGAUCCUUUUAACCUUUUAAUUAAUAUUAUUCUUUCAAAUCAAACCAACAAAAGCGAACUUUCUUUUAGGUAAGACAGAAAGGUAAGACAGUCACUGCACCUUCAAGUUGGAUUUAGUAAAAUAAAUUCCUAAUUUAGAACAGAGCUAAACUCAAUAGUGAAAGGAAGCACUACAUCCCCACUUGAAGGUGCAGUGCUUCUGAUCUUCCCUGAAUUAACUGCAUAUUCAUCACUGCGUAUUCUGCUUGCCUCUCUCUUCUACAACAGCAACUGUCGGAGGAGUGCACGUACCGCAACGAGCUGCAGAUGCAGCUGGACAGCAAGGAGAGUGACAUCGAGCAGCUGAGGGAGAAGCUCAACGACCUGCAGCUGCGCAUGGACAACUCCAGCGUCAUCAGCCUGCAGACGGACGAGACGGACAGCAACAUCGCCGGUAAGGUCACUGUGGGGUCAACUAACUAAAGGUGGCUGUGUCAAAGGACCGGCUAGGCCAAAGAUGCUCAAUCCUGCUCCUGACAAGCCACACACACACGACUCAGCUAAUGAAGGUGUUGAAGGUGUGAUGGUAUUAAGCUGGGACAAAUCUACAGGAUGACGGCUAUCCAGGAGCAGGAUUUUGGAUCACUUAACUAGAUGUUUGGUCCAUCAGGCUAGCUUUAAUGGUCAAUCAAGAUUUUAAAUAUAAUCAUUCAAUUCUAGCCAUUCCAAAUAAUUUUAUUUGAUUAGGAUCUCUUUUAGUCCUCAUUUGGACUCAUUUGGACUAAUACAAUUUACAAUACAAUUAAAUAUAUAAUGAAUAUAUAAUUGAGUGUUUGAGUUCUGACAGUAUGGCUGUGAAGCAGGAAAGUAAGUAUAGAAGAAUGCUUAUUAGCAUCUUUCUCAACCCACCUGGUUCAAGUGUCUGCCAACGAUGUUUGCUGUACAUUGAAUUCCUGAAUGUGUCAAUGGUUAAAGUCCUCUCUCAUCUCUUAUUCCCCAUGUCCAGUUGGUUCUCCUUGCUCUCCUCCUUACCUUUGUGUCUUCUAUUAUUUUCUUUCUGUGAGUAACUCUGAGUCGGGGGACCCUCAUUGUGCCUGGCCUGUGCUACUGUCUUUUGUCUUGUGUUUUCGUUUUCUCUCUUGUUGUGGUGAAAAGGGUAUCCCGCUUGUAUGCUCUCACCAACACUUUUGAAAGGCCAUUCUGACUGACAGAAGGAACAGUUAAAGACACUUUUUGGGGUCUUUUAACCAAGUUGUACCAGGCUGGAGGCAUUUUCAUUUACUAACCAUGAAUCAUCAUUCACAUAAGCCAUUUGUAGGGGGAAAUUAACCAAUUACAGUAUAGAACUUCAUCUAACAUUAUUUCAGAACAAAUGAUGACUGUACCAUAUCAAUUAGCCUUCUGUAGGUAAUCAGUUUCAUUUGUUGUCAGCUGUACAUUUAUUUUGUAGCAGGACAAGCUAUCAUGCAAUCUGAAUGACUCCUAAAGUAAAGUGACUACAUGAGAGGUUAGCUACUGUAACACUAGACAAAAACAACAAUGGUUUAACCCAUCACUCUGAGCACCUUUCAAAACAUGUCUGGAGACCAUGAACCAAACUGUUCCUUUUGGUUCCCUGUCCCUUGUUCUACAAACAAACACUCACCGUUUUACGUUAUGUUGUGUUGGUAUGAUCACCUCAGAACAGGAGCAAUGCCUUUUCAGAACCAACGAAAUCUCACACACUUCAAGUGAAGCUUUUGAUCAGUUCACUCUUCUUUUGUAGCUUGUUGUUGUGCCAAAGCAUGCUCUUUAGAUUGAGUUGGUAACACUUUAACAUAAUGGAUAGGUACACUACAUGACCAAAGGUAUGUGGACACCUGCUCGUCGAACAUCUCAUUCCAAGAUCAUGGGCAUUAAUAUGGAGUUGGUCCCCCCUUUGCUGCUAUAACAGCCUCCACUCUUCUGGGAAGGAUUUCCACUAGAUGUUGGAACAUUGCUGCGAGGACUUGCUUCCAUUCAGCCACAAGAGCAUUAGUGAGGUUGGGCACUGAUGUUGGGUGAUUAGGCGUGGCUCGCAGUCAGCGUUCCAAUUCAUCCCAAAGGUGUUCGAUUGGGUUGAGGUCAGGGCUCUGUGCAGGCUAGUCAAGUUAUUCCACACUGAUCUCGACAAACCAUUUCUGUAUGGACCUCGCUUUGUGCACAGGGGCAUUGUCAUGCUGAAACAGGAAAGGGCCUUCCCCAAACUGUUGCCACAAAGUUGGAAGCACAGAAUCGUCUAGAAUGUCAUUGUAUGCUGUAGCGUUAAAAUGGAACUAAGGGACCUAGCCCGAACCAUGAAAAACAGCCCCAGACCUUUAUUCCUCCUCCACCAAACUUUACAGUUGGCACUAUGCAUUGGGGCAGGUAGCGUUCUCCUUGCAUCAGCCAAACCCAGAUUCGUCCGUCGGACGUUUCCAUGGCUCAGAGUCCAAUGGCGGCGAGCUUUACACCACUCCAGCCAUCGCUUGGCAUUGCGCAUGGUGAUCAUAGGCUGCUCGGCCAUGGAAACCCAUUUCAUGAAGCUCCCGAUGAACAGUUCUUGUGCUGACGUUUGUGCUUCCAGAGGCAGUUUGGAACUCAGUAGUGAGUGUUGCAACCGAGGACAGACGAUUUUUACGCGAUACGCGCUUCAGCACUCGGCGGUCCCGUUCUGUGAGCAUGUGUGGCCUACCACUUCAUGUUUCCACUUCACAAAAAUAGCACUUACAGUUGACCUGCUCUAGCAGGGCAGAAAUUUGACGAACUGACUUGUUGGUAAGGUGGUAUCCUAUGACGGUGCCACAUUGAAAGUCACUGAGCUCUUCAGUAAGGCCAUUCUACUGCCAAUGUUUGUCUAUGGAGAUUGCAUGGCUGUGUGUUUGUUAUAAACCUGUCAGCAACGGGUGUAGCUGAAAUAGCCAAAUCCACUAAUUUGAACGGGUGUCCACAUACUUUUGUAUAUAUAGUGUAUCUUCAAUUAUAUAGGCUACAGGCUCUGUCCUCUUUGUGACGGGAGACUGAGGCAUCAGAAGCUCCAUGUUGGACAGAACCAUUUAAAUGAAAAUUGGCUAGUGAUUCUAAUUAUAUGGAUAGAACGUCCAUUAUCUGUCAGCCAUUGACUGAAUAGAACAUUAUUUUACAACACAUCUAUCUAACCUCUUGAUCAUGGAGUUGAAGCUACUCCAUGAUAUCUAACUUGCUGGAUAAAUAACAUGGAUAUUACAUGCUUUAGUGAUUUCCAAACACUCAGACUUUCUGUAUAUCCCUGUAUGCAUGGGAUCUAAAACUACUGAGCUUGAAGUAGCAGCAUGGGAUAUUUAACUCCUGUCUGUCACAUAAACUACAGUUAUUUUAAAGUGUAACCUGGGCAUAGAGAUGCUCAGUUAGUUGAACUUGAAACUACUAAGUUAGUAUGGCCCAGCCUUGUCACUUUUCUGUUCUUCCCCCAGUUAAGUUUGAAUUUGAUCACUGCAUGGCGUUUUGGGGACAGCGUUACCCACAGGCUUGGUUUUCAUUUGUGUCAAUCUUGUGUGUCUAUGUAGAAUCCAGACUGGAAGGGUGGCUGUCCAUUCCUAAUAAACCUAAUAUCAAACGAUAUGGCUGGAAGAAGCAGGUAUGUCACCUGGAAGCUUUUCAUCAAUUUACUGACAUUAACUGACAUGCAACACAUGAAUUCAUAUUGAAUGGCACAAUGUGGGUUGUGCUGAUGGUGCUGCCUAGUGCCUACUCCUUUGGGCCAACACGAUUCUUCCUAACAUUAUUUAUUGAUUCUAUUUUUCCUCAGUAUGUGGUGGUGAGCAGUAAGAAGAUUCUGUUCUACAAUGAUGAACAGGACAAAGAACAGUCCAACCCCUCCAUGGUACUAGAUAUCGAGUAAGUAUGCUUGUUUUAUGAGUUUGGAUUUAAUUUUCAUUCACUUUACACUAGCAAUUUGUUUUGGGGACAAAAUAUCAGUCUUAGCAGUUUUUGUGAUAAUUAUUGCUUAAUCAUAAAAUAGAUCAUGUAACAGUUUGUCUGAGACGGUGUAUUCUGGUACCCAAUCAUCAGUCAUUGCUUGUUGUGUGCAGCAAACUGUUCCACGUGCGUCCAGUCACCCAGGGUGAUGUGUACCGAGCAGAGACCGAGGAGAUCCCCAGGAUAUUCCAGGUAGGAAGGAACCUUCUGACCUGACCAAUCAACUUUAUAACCCAUUGUCUUACGUCGGAUAGCACAACGACCGUCUGCACUGAUGGUUCAUGGCAACGCGGUCGUGUUAGAAUGACCCAGAGGCCUUCUGACCUAAACCAAUCAGAUGAAUCAGCUCAGUCUUUUUUUGUUCUUUAGUCGCCUUACUUGCCCAUUCUCAAAAGAAUGAUUACAAUCCCAUUUUAGAUUUUGACAGCUGUCUUGAGUGUGGACUCUAUUCUACAUGCACAAUUAGUCAUUAAGCAGACUCCUUUUUCCCCCCAGAGAGACUUUCAAUGAGCUAUUCAACUUUUCAAUGUGCGUUUCAGUAGUAUACAAUCCUUUUCUUUAACGAGUCGGACACGAAGGAUUUACUGCUGAUACCAGACCAGGCCCAAAUCCCUGUCAUUCACAUGAAGAAGAGACGCCGAUACAGGGGACGCAGGUCCGGGUGCCUUGUAAGAAUUAGUCGGCGAGUGGGUAACCCGCCUCUACCAUCUGUCAUAUUGACCAACGUGCAAUCAUUGGAGAAUAAAUUGGAUGAGCUCAGUUUGAGACUAUCCUACCAACGGGACAUUAAAAACUGUAAUAUCUUAUGUUUCACUGAGUCGUGGCUGAACGACAACAUGGAUAAUAUACAGUUGACUGGGUUUUCCGUGCAUCGGCAAGACAGAACCGCUACCUCCGGUAAGACGAGGGGUGGUGGUCUGUGUCUAUUUGUCAAUAACAGCUGGUGUGCUAAAUCUAAUAUUAAGGAGGUCUUGAAGUUUUGCUCGCCUGAGGUAGAUAUCUCAUUAUCAGCUGUAGACUACACUAUUUACUAGGGGUGUAACGAUUCGUUUUAACAACGAUUCGAUUUGUAUCACGAUUCGUGGUUGUCGAUACGAUUGAAGGACGAUAUUGGUUCAUUUAGAACGAUACGAUCCGAAACGAUUCAGUGACUUGAAAUCGAUUCAGUAACCUUUUAGCCAAAAAUUCAACCAGUGUGACUGAAAUAAAUACCUGGAUACUGGACAGUGCAGGUGAAGUUUCCUAGAUUCCUGUUUCUUGUAAGGACCGCAAUGGUGGCUUGAUAAUUUCUCGCUCGUCGGCUUCUCCUCUGUCGUCCGCCAUGCUAUGUUUUGUUGUCUUUGCGCCUUUGCGCUGCUGCUGGCGCGGGGCGAUGACGUCACGGAUAGGCAGACUGAAUCGAGUAAUGUUUAAAGCCUUUAUCAUUAAAAGUGCUAAGAAAAAACAUCCAUAUAAAGUCUGACGUGCUUAAAUCCAAUGGGUUAUUUCCUAGUAUCGAUACAAUCGAUUUAUUACAUUUUAAAACGAUGUUAGAUUGAUAUAUGUUGUCCAAAAGGCCAACUCGCCGAGCACAGAUCGAUGUAGUUGUAUCAUAGGAAUAUAAAUCGAUACAUCGAUGUAGUAGAUGGAUCGUUACACCCCUACUAUUUACCAAGAGUUUGUAUCUAUAUUUUUCGUAGCUGUCUAUUUACCACCACAAACUGGUGCUGGCACUAAGACCGCAUUCAACGAGCUGUAUAAGGCCAUAAGCAAACAAGAAAAUGCUCAUCCAGAGGCGGCACUCCUAGUGCAGGGAAACUUAAAUCCGUUUUACCUCAUUUCUACCAGCCUGUCACGUGCAACCAGAGGAAAAAAAACUAGACCACCCUUACUCCACACACAGAGAUGCGUACAAAGCUCUCCCUCGCCCUCCAAUUGGCAAAUCUGUCCAUAAUUCCUGCUUACAAGCAAAAACUAAAGCAGGAAGUACCAGUGACUUGCUCAAUACGGAAGUGGUCAGAUGACUCAGAUGCUAAGCUACAGGACUGUUUUGCUAGCACAGACUGGAAUAUGUUCAGGGAUUCAUCCGAUGGCAUUGAGGAGUAUACCACAUCAGUCACAGGCUUCAUCAGUAAGUGCAUCGAUGAUGUCGUCCCCACAGUGACCGUACGUACAUACCCCAACCAGAAGCAAUGGAUUACAGGCAACAUCCACUCUGAGCUAAAGGGUAGAGCUGCCGCUUUCAUGGAGCGGCACUCUAACCCGGAUGCUUAUAAGAAAUCCCGCUAUGCCCUCCGACGAACCAUGAAACAGGCAAAGUGUCAAUACAGGACUAAGAUUGAAUCCUACUACACCGGCGCCGACGCUCGUCAGAAGUGGCAGGGCUUGCAAACUAUUACGGACUACAAUGGGAAGCCUAGCUGCGAGCUGCCCAGUGACACAAACUUACCAGACGAGCUAAAUGACUUCUAUGCGCGCUUCGAGGCAAGCAACACUGAAACAUGUAUGAGAGCACCAGCUGUUCCAGAUGACUGUGUGUUCACGCUCUCCCUAGCUGAUGUGAGUAAGACCUUUUAAACAGGUCAACAUUCACAAGGCCGCAGGGCCAGAUGGAUUACCAGGAUGUGUACUGUGCGCAUGCGCGGACCAACUGGCAAGUGUCUUCACUGACAUUUUCAACCUGUCGCAGCUCAGCAUUCAACACCAUUGUGCUCAAUACUAAGCUAAGGACCCUGGGACUAAACACCAUCCUCUGCAACUGGAACCUGGACUCCCUGACGCGCCGCCCCCAGGUGGUAAGGGUAGGCAACAACACAUCUGCCAUGCUGAUCCUCAACACGGGGGCCCAUCAGGGGUCCGUGCUUAGUCCCUUCCUGUACACCCUGUUCACUCAUGACUACGUGGCCAAGCACGACUCCAACACCAUUAAGUUUGCCGACGACACAACGGUGGUAGGCCUGAUCACCGACAACAAUGAGACCACCUAUAGGGAGGAGGUCAGAGACUUGGCAGUGUGGUGCCAGGACAACAACCUCUCCCUCAACGUGAUCAAGACAAAGGAGAUGAUCGUGGACUACAGGAAAAGGGGGGCAGAGCACGCCCCCAUUCUCAUCGACAGGGCUGUAGUGGAGCAGGAUGAGAGCUUCAAGUUCCUUGGUGUCCACAUCACCAACAAACUAUCAUGGUCCAAACACACCAAGACAGACGUGAAGAGGGCACGACAACGCCUAUUCCCCCCCAGGAGACUGAAAAGAUUUGGCAUGGAUCCUCAAAAAGUUAUACAGCUGCACCAUCAAGAGCAUCCUGACUGGUUUCGUCAUCGUCUGGUAUGGCAACUGCUCGGCCUCUGACCACAAGGCGCUACAGAGGGUAGCGCGUAUGGCCCAGUACAUCACUGGGGCCAAGCUUCCUGCCAUCCAGGACCUCUAUACCAGGCACCCUAGUCAUAGACUGUUAUCUCUGCUACCGCACGGCAAGGGAUACCGGAGUGCCAAGUCUAGGUCCAAAAUACUUCUUAACAGUUUCUAACCCCAAGCCAUAAGACUGCUGAACAGCUAAUUAAAUGGCUACCCAGACUAUUAGCAUUGCCCCCCCCCCCCCCCCCUUUAUUUUUUACGCUGCUACUCACUGUUUAUUAUCUAUGCAUAGUCACUUUACCCCUACCUACACGUACAUAUUACUUUAAUUACCUCGACUAACCUGUACCCCUGUACAUUGACUUGGUACCGGUACCCCCUGUAUAUACAGUGAGGGGAAAAAAGUAUUUGAUCCCCUGCUGAUUUUGUACGUUUGCCCACUGACAAAGAAAUGAUCAGUCUAUAAUUUUAAUGGUAGGUUUAUUUGAACAGUGAGAGACAGAAUAACAACAAAAGAAUCCAGAAAAACACAUGUCAAAUUUUUUUUUAAUUGAUUUGCAUUUUAAUGAGGGAAAUAAGUAUUUGACCCCCUCUCAAUCAGAAAGAUUUCUGGCUCCCAGGUGUCUUUUAUACAGGUAACGAGCUGAGAUUAGGAGCACACUCUUAAAGGGAGUGCUCCUAAUCUCAGCUUGUUACCUGUAUAAAAGACACCUGUCCACAGAAGCAUUCAAUCAAUCAGAUUCCAAACUCUCCACCAUGGCCAAGACCAAAGAGCUCUCCAAGGAUGUCAGGGACAAGAUUGUAGACCUACACAAGGCUGGAAUGGGCUACAAGACCAUCGCCAAGCAGCUUGGUGAGAAGGUUACAACAGUUGGUGCGAUUAUUGGCAAAUGGAAGAAACACAAAAUAACUGUCAAUCUCCCUCGGCCUGGGGCUCCAUGCAAGAUCUCACCUCGUGGAGUUGCAAUGAUCAUGAGAACGGUGAGGAAUCAGCCCAGAACUACACGGGAGGAUCUUGUCAAUGAUCUCAAGGCAGCUGUGACCAUAGUCACCAAGAAAACAAUUGGUAACACACUAUGCCGUGAAGGACUGAAAUCCUGCAGCGCUCGCAAGGUCCCCCUGCUCAAGAAAGCACAUAUACAGGCCCAUCUGAAGUUUGCCAAUGAACAUCUGAAUGAUUCAGAGGAGAACUGGGUGAAAGUGUUGUGGUCAGAUGAGACCAGAAUCGAGCUCUUUGGCAUCAACUCAACUCGCCGUGUUUGGAGGAGGAGGAAUGCUGCCUAUGACCACAAGAACACCAUCCCCACCGUCAAACAUGGAGGUGGAAACAUUAUGCUUUGGGGGGGGUUUUCUGCUAAGGGGACAGGACAACUUCACCGCAUCAAAGGGACAUUGGACGGGGCCAUAUACCAUCAAAUAUUGUGUGAGAACCUCCUUCCCUCAGCCAGGGCAUUGAAAAUGGGUCGUGGAUGGGUAUUCCAGCAUGACAAUGACCCAGAACACACGGCCAAGGCAACAAAGUAGUGGCUCAAGAAGAAGCACAUUAAGGUCCUGGAGUGGCAUAGCCAGUCUCCAGACCUUAAUCCCAUAGAAAAUCUGUGGAGGGAGCUGAAGGUUCGAGUUGCCAAACGUCAGCCUCGAAACCUUAAUGACUUGGAGAAGAUCUGCAAAGAGGAGUGGGACAAAAUCCCUCCAGAGAUGUGUGCAAACCUGGUGGCCAACUACAAGAAACGUCUGACCUCUGUGAUUGCCAACAAGGGUUUUGCCACCAAGUACUAAGUCAUGUUUUGCAGAGGGGUCAAAUACUUAUUUCCCUCAUUAAAAUGCAAAUCAAUAUAUUACAUUUUUUACAUGCGUUUUUCUGGAUUUUUUUGUUAUUCUGUCUCUCACUGUUCAAAUAAACCUACCAUUAAAAUGAUAGACUGAUCAUGUCUUUGUCAGUGGGCAAAUGUACAAAAUCAGCAGGGGAUCAAAUACUUUUUCCCUCACUGUAGCCUCGUUAUUGUUAUUUUGUUAGUUUCUUAGUUUAUUUAGUAAAUAUUUUCUUAACUCCAUUGUUGGUUAAGGGCUUGUAAGCAUUUCACUGUAAGGUCUACACCUGUUGUAUUCAGCGCAUGUGACAAAUAACAUUUGAUUUGAUUUAGAAAGCACAGCUUCAAACUACCACUUUCAUAAAAACCCAGAAAUGUUUAGAAGAGACUCAACAUCUGACUCACUCUAUUGUCUCCUCUCUUCAGAUCCUGUAUGCCAAUGAGGGGGAGUGCAGGAAGGAGGCCGACAUGGAGACUGUCUCGCAAGGGGACAAGACCAACUGUCUGCCACACAAAGGUCACGAGUUCAUUCCCACGAUCUACCACUUCCCCUCCAACUGCGAGGCCUGCACCAAGCCCCUGUGGAACGUCUUCAAGCCCCCACCCGCCCUGGAGUGCCGCCGCUGCCACGUCAAGUGCCACAAGGACCACCUCGACAAGAAGGAGGACGUCAUCGCCCCCUGCAAAGGUACGGUCAUGGCGGUUAGGUUAUAUUGACGAGACCUGACUCUGUGGUGAAAGGGGGAAAAUAUAUACUUAAAGGCCCAAUGCAGCCAUUUUUAUAUCAAUAUCAAAUCAGUUCCACCCAAAAACGAUAUUUUGUCAUUUGUUUCAUUAGUCCAUUGUUGAUAUAGUCCCAAAAUGUUUUGCAUGUCAGCAAUCAAGUUUUCAAGAUGUAUAACUUUCAAAAAACAGAAAUACAGCAGGUAUGAUGCAAAAUGCAUCAUAACGGCUGUAUUUCUGUAUUUUAAAAGAACACACAAUUUAAUAAUAUAACUUGAUUUUUGCUUUCGUUGAGUGGUAAAUGUUGGGUUAAAGGGGAGAUUAACUUCCACCACCUUAGGGUCGUCGAGACAUCUUGAGUUUGUGUUCUCAAUUUUCUACCUGCCUUUGUCUCCUCUAACCCCCCUCUCCUGCAGUGAACUACGAUGUGACCUCUGCCCGGGACAUGCUCCUGCUGGCCUUGACCCAAGAUGAGCAGAAGAAAUGGAUCGGCCACCUGGGCAAGAAGAUCCCCAAAACACCGCCCUCCUCCUUCCUGAGGGCGUCGCCCCGCACCCUGUCCACCCGUUCCGGAACCAACCAGUCCUUUCGCAAGAACCCCAAAAGCAUCACGGGCAAGCCAAG